GAAGGUAUAAAUGAGCUUAUCAUACCCACUUCUCCAAAUGGAGAAUCUGUCUCCCCUUGCCUUUUUAUAGAUAAGAACGAUACGGCGCCCUUAGGUCAACACGAGCUUCAAGGCCAUAGUGGCAUUACCUAAUAUCCUACCGAGAAUACAUGAGAUGAUUCGUGAUAAAAUCAGGGAUUGUCAGAUUUGUGAGACAAGAAUGAGCUUGAAUUGCUGGUUCCUAUCAACAAUAAAGAUAACCACUUCAGCGGCUAUUACCGGUAAUCGGAGUUGGAACGAUAUGACAUAUUGAAAUGAUAAGUGAAUGCUGAUAUCUUAUGAGUACAUCAUUGAACGUAGGAAGAGUAGAAAGUAGACAGAUGCAGGGGUCUGCAUUCGAAGGAUUCAAAGUUUCUCAGCUCGUCGCGCAAGGCUGACGAACUGGAAAUUGAUUGGACUCAGAAUUGUUGUGAGAGGUUGCAUAUGCCGCGUGCAUAUAUCCUAUGCCGUGAAUUUGUGAAUUGUAAUCUGCUAGAUCUAGAACUUUGCCUAAUCAUCUUCUAGUUUAGUGCGCGACCAAGAUUCAUCAUUCAACGCGAUGCCGCCAACUCAUUCUAAAAACCAGGUCAUAUUCGCGCCAUCAAAUGAGCCUUAUAUCGGGACCAAAUCAGUCUUCCUAGCUGGGACUACCACCAAGACGGACGACCGCGACUGGCGUGAGGUCCUAGCCGAAUCUCUGUUGGACUUGCCCCUCACUGUCAUCAAUCCGUAUCGGCCAGAUUGGGACUCGAGCUGGAGAGAAGACAUUACGUGCAUUCUAUAUAAGGAGCAGGUAGAAUGGGAACUUCAAAAGCAGGACAGUGCCGAUAUAAUAGUGUUUUACUUCCACCCAGCCACUGAAGCCCCUAUUAGCUUACUAGAGCUCGGACUUUGCGCAAGAGCUGGCAAGGCCAUUGUGAUGUGCCCCGAGGGAUACAAGAAGAGAGGAAAUGUCCAGAUCGUGUGUCAGAAAUACGGACUUGAGACAGUCGAGAGCCUUGAUGCGCUGAAACCAGCGAUUGUGAAGAGGAUGCCAGGUGGCUCUGUUUGAGUUCCGGUAACACGAUGGGUUGGUAUUACCACUUGGUAUUUGACAGACAGCGUAUACCCAUAUUCCUAACAAGCAGUUACAAUAGAUGGACCGACGGCGUGGCUUGAAGCAGCGAAGAAAGCCAAUGGCUUUUAGGUCAAACUCCAAUUUCAAAAAAGAACAGGAGAGACAACUCAAAACAGUUACGGAAAGGGGCGCCGGUUGGGUUCCGGCGGGCUGGAUCAGUCGGGCCGGGGUUUCUCCGCUUAAACUCCUUGGGCCAACACCCCCGUCUAAGUAAAAAAGACUUUCAUAUGUAUUAACCCGUUAGUUUAUUUUCUUAUGCUUAACAAACUACCUCUCUGUCAACAAUACCUCAAUAGUUUGGGAUGGCUAGGAGUCACUGCUAGACAUAGAAACAAUGAAUUCGGCAUCUUGAUGGUUGUUAUACUCAGGUACCUAGGCUGGAUUGCUAGAACUUGCAGCUUCACCGGUUGUCGUCCUGCAUGGAACCUGCUGUACUACCACCCUUUUUGAAGCUGCUGAGUACCUGAAUUACUAUCCUGUCCAUGCUACUACGUAGGUAGUAAGACGAGGGGCGAAG